GCAGCUCGGACGAUUUGCAACCCGAGAAAGUAAGCCGAGCCCCCCGAAACCGUCCGCGCGCGUGCCCUCUCCCACACAAUAACCGCGAUGGCUUCCUAUCUCGGCCUCAGUUCCGGCCUCGGGUUCGACAAGAACAUCUCCUACUGGACCGUCCCGGCCGCCCUCUUCAUGGCCUUGCUGCCGAGGUUCUACGCCGGUCUCAGCGGCCCUGGCAAGCAGUUCUUCGACCGCUCGAACCCGCGCAACUUCACCGCCAGGCUCGAGAGCUCCGACCUCGACAAGCGGGUCCGGCAGCGGCUGCAGCGCGCCGAGGCGGCGGGCGCCAACGCCUUCGAGACGCUGGGGCUGUACGCGGCGGCGGUGACGGCGGGCAACGCGGCGGGCGUCCCGGCCGCGACCAUGAACGCGCUGUCGCUCGGCUACCUCGCCACGCGCGCGCUCUACACCUGGGUGUACAUCUGGGGCCAGGAGAACCGGCGCAUGUACCCGGCCCGGACCAUCGUCUGGUUCGUCAACAUGAUCAUCGUCAUGACCGCCUUCGUCCAGGCCGGCUUGCGCUUGUGAGGUCCUAGCGCACGUGUGAUACCACGGCCCGCAGCGGCGGCGGGAGGGGGGAGUGAAUAUGUAGACCCCCCCAGCCAAGUAGGCUUGGAUCUACGGAGCGGCGUGAUAUCGAUGGAUGGGCGUCGGUCGAGAAUAGUCGCUGUGUGGGCCGAGCAACACCGAAAAAGAUUCUUGGGACGAGACCUUGGAU